GACGACGACAUGCCACAUAUAGUCAGGGGGAUAGUGACGAGGACAGGGAAGAUGGCGAAAACUAUCACUGUAUGUAGCGAUAGGACAUUAGAACAUCCAAAAUAUCUCAAGCCUGUGACACGGACGACGAAAUAUUUGGUACAUGAUGAGAAAGAGGAGGCUCGGAUAGGUGACAAAGUCACCAUCAUCCACGGCAAACCAUUUUCCAAAAGAAAACAUUUCAGAUUACAAGAUAUCCUUCCAUCCCAUUCCAGAUCUGGCCUAUCCAACGCUUCUGCCCCCUCAUCGUCGACGCCCCCAAGUUCUGCUCACCAAACGGAGACAUCAGCUCAGGAUAGUCUGUCGACGAUCGUUCCUUCUUUAGGGGACACAGGGAAGACGGCGGAAGUAUCAGGUCAGAUAUAGUCGGGGGUGACGGGGUGGAUCUUGCAUAAGUCAUCUGAUAUCUCACACACAUAUCAUUCCUUCUUCACCCAGCAUGCAUCUGACAUCUCUUUU